AUUGCUGCAAUAGCUCGAGUGUGCGCGCUGUCAGGCACUGAGGCGGGAAUCAUAUGACCUGCGUUCAUUCCUGUAGUAUCGCAGUGACACGCUGUGUGAAGCGCAUUUCUCCGUCGCUCGCCAGAGGAGCUCAGCAGUAACAUGUACCAGACCGCCGUGCUCCUCCACUGAAACACUGUCGGAUAUAUAUUUUGUGACAAACAGCGGUCCCAUUCUCUUAUUUACAGAAUAGGCGUGAUUAAAAGAGACGAUGCCUGAAGAAAAAGCGUUUCACCAGCAGGCUGUUCACAGUCCCCUGCAGCAGCAGAAGGGACAGCGGCAGAGCGGCCCCAUCCCGUGCCAAAACUGUGGCAAGCCCUGCAAAGGCGAGGUGCUCCGGGUGCAGAACAAACACUUCCACAUCAAGUGCUUUGUCUGCAAAGUUUGUGGAUGUGACUUGGCUCAGGGAGGCUUUUUUGUGCGUCAAGGCGAGUAUAUCUGCACUCUGGAUUAUCAACGACUCUAUGGCACCCGCUGCUUCAGUUGUGAAGAGUUCAUUGAAGGGGAAGUUGUGUCCGCCCUGGGCAAGACAUACCAUCCACGCUGCUUCGUCUGUGCUGCCUGCAAGCAGCCGUUUCCAGCUGGGGGCCGCGUGACGUUUAAUGGGAAGGAGUGCAUUUGUGAGAAAUGCACUCAGCCUGUGCCAGUCAACAGCACGGCACCCCCACAGGCUGUGCACAAUUGCUGUGGCUGUGGAAAGGAGUUUAAAAAUGAGCAGUCUCUGGUGGCGUUGGACAAGCACUGGCACCUUGGCUGCUUCAAGUGCAAAGUGUGCAAUAAAGUGCUUAAUGCAGAAUAUAUCAGCAAGGACGGAAUCCCGUACUGUGAGGCAGACUACCACGCCAUGUUUGGCAUCCAGUGUGAAACCUGCAAGAAAUACAUCACUGGAAAAGUACUUGAGGCUGGAGAAAAGCACUAUCAUCCCACAUGUGCCAGAUGUGCACGCUGUGACCAGAUGUUUGGGGAGGGGGAGGAGAUGUACCUGCAAGGUUCUUCCAUCUGGCAUCCUCCUUGCAGACAGGCAGCGCGUAUGGAGGAGAAGAGUAAGGUGACGAGAACCUCCUCUGAGAGCAUCACCUCUGCUCCUGCCUCCAGUGCAUCAGGCUCCCCUAGCCGAGUUAUCUAUGCAAAGCUGGGUGAUGAACUUCUGGACUACAAGGACCUGGCUGCUCUUCCUAAAAUCAAAGCGAUCUACAACAUUGACAGACCUGACAUGCUCUCAUACUCACCCUAUGUGAGCUACCCUGUGGAGGAUAGGACUUUUGGAGAGUCACCCCAGCAACUCACCCCUACUCCAACUGAGGGAGAUGGGGAAAAGUCUCCACGGCAGAGGAGGCCCUCCAGCCCCAGCUCCAACAGCUCUUUAGGGGGUUAUGGCCGCUAUACGCCUUCCCGCUCACCUCAGACCUACAGCAGACCAGAGCAAUAUCUGAGUGUCAAAUACACCACUCAUCCAGAAAAUUCCAACCUGUUGCCUGUCCCAACUUCGGGGAGGAGUAGCGCCCAUGGUAGUGCCAGAGGCUCCUCCCCACUGCCUUUGUACAGCGGCAGUGGUAGAAACACCCCACAGGCAGGGAGUGGUGGCGUGGCUCUGCCCCUCAACCCCACUACUCUGGCCUUGCUCCAACAACACAACUACAUCCCUUACUUUAGAGGUAGUGAAAGUGGUCGGAGUACCCCGAGUCUCUCCACCUACUCUGAUGGCAAAUCUCCUUCCUCGACGUACGUGGCGGCCCCACGGCAUUUCCAUAUCCCAGAGACUAAAGUCAAAGAUAAUAUCUAUAGAAAGCCCCCUAUCUACAAACAGCAUGCUUCCAGAACCUCCUGGCAAGAUGGUGAUGAUGUAGACAGAAAGACGAGGACAAGCUGGAUGAACCUGAAGAGUGAGAUUGAUGGACAGUCUCCAGAUCUGGACCCCAGGACUUCCACCCACAGCUUACCAACCGAUAUGUCUCAACCCAACUUUCCAUACAAUAAGUCUGCUUCGCUGCCAGGAUAUGGGCGGAAUGGCAUAUACAAGGCGGCUGAUCUUGGCGAGGAUGAUGGCGAUCAUGAUUCAUCCUGGAGUGGAAUGAGAGAGUACAAGGUCUAUCCCUAUGACAUGCUAGCUGUGACCCACAGAGUCCGAGUAAAACUACCACGGGAUGUGGACCGCACCAGACUGGAGAGGCACCUGUCACCUGAGGACUUCUACAACGUGUUCGGGAUGACCAUUGAACAGUUUGACCGUUUGGCCUUGUGGAAGAAAAAUGACCUUAAGAAGAAAGCCCGCUUGUUUUAAACCACACCGAAUCGCUUGAAGGAAAGCAAAGAUAAAGAGAAAACCUCUUCUCAUCCAUCCUGUGCGCAUGGAGGGAUGAGUGUGAGAAAAAUAUAUAUGCACCUCCGUUCUGCUGCAUAGCUACCGUCAUCCCAUCCCACGCUGAAGAAGAGGGAGCGCUUUCACAACGCCGUUUGCCACCUAGCUUCAUCCGUGAACGCCGCACCACAUGGUCUGAAUGUUACUCUGAUGACAGAGAGUCCAAACUAAAUUCUCCACCUUGUUUUUCUCUCUGAUUGUCUUUGAUCUCGCCCCCCUCGGCUGUCUUUGUGAUUCUCCCUUUGUGGAAAAAGCACUCAAUAUUGAUAUAAGCCACUUUCUUUACAUUUUGUACCGUUGAUAAACAUGGCCAAUCAGCUCUACUUGUCUUUAUCCCCUUGUCUUUAUUUUUGACUGCAGUGAAUGUUGUCCGACGUCUCCGUCUACUCGUAUUGUUUGCUCAGUGUCUUCCCUCCUGCCUGUUCCUCUUCUUACCUCCUAGACAUGAUACUCAGCCACUGCUUGGACUGUAAUAUCUAUCAUGUAAUAUAAGCUUUAUGGAAGCUCAUUCAUCCAUGGCUUUAGCAUGACCAGGCCAAAGACUCAAACGGAGCAAGACGUCAACAAAGCACCUUACACGUGACCUAACCAGAUGCGACGCAAUAAAUCGACAAGAAAAACCUCUUCCAUGUCUUUUUUUUUUUUUUUUUUUUUUCCUAACCAGAGCUACAGGACACUUUUCCAUGCCCCGCCCACUGUGAAAUCUCAUUGGCUCCUCAGAACUGUAUCUUAAACAUCAAAUGUUUUCCAUUGGCCAUCAGUUUUCGAACUUGUCGUAUUGCGCCUGGUUAGGACACAGUGUUAGUUGAUAUGUUUAAUAAUCUUUACUGUUGCUGAAUGACUGUGAGUGCAAACAGCUGGAACAAUGCAUAGCUUUUGUGUUAUAUUAUGUAUUGUUUGCUUUUUCAGGUCAAUGUGCAAUUCAUCAGAUGUCAUGAUGUCACAGUUAUUCAAUAAGACAGUUAGAGUUCUAAACUUAACAUCUGGACUUCACAUACUCUCUCAAUAUAUAAUGUGCACAGUACAUAUGGUCAUAAACGUUAUCAAGCAUUAUCAUUGUUUUAAUUCGCCCAAAUGAAAGUGCUCAUGGCAGAGCAAACCCUUAUUUUUGUAUCCUUAUUUCUUUUUCAUACAGAUGUAUGCCAGAUACUUUAUUUUCCAUAACUGCGACAUUGACUUUAGCAUGGAGCCAUGCCAAAGUUAACAGAUUCUGUAGCAAUUAGCAAAACUAAUACAACACAACACUUAAUAAAGCAUGCAGUUCAGUGGCGCUUCAUUUAAAACCCAAAUAUGAUUGUUUUUCUUCUUCUUUUUUUGAUUGUUAAUAAAUGUGUGCAGUAUAUUGAUAUAGAUGUCUGUUACAUUUAUCAUGUCACCCUGUAGGCAUGCUCUGCAUUUACUAAAGCAUCAUGUAAUGACUUCAUAAUGGACUUUUAAGAAUAAUCAUGACAUGUGUUAUUUGAUUUGAGGUUGUUUUGUUUCUUCAGACACAUUCUUAAGUUCUUUUUCUUAUGCCAGUGACUCAAAUUAGCAAAAAAACAAGAAAGGAGGGUGUUAUGUCCUUUUAAUUAUGUGUAUACGUUACAUAAAGAUGUCAAAAAUCUGGAACUGUUAGAAACACCACCACGUUAAUGAUAACCAUGUGUAACAUGUGCCUAUAUCUUGUACAAUAUCAAGGCAUCUUUGGAUUUUUUUAACUGCUCAGCAGGGAAACUCAUUGUUUUGCUUUGUUGAUUGUAAAAGUAUGGUGUUUCUAAUCAACUAUAUGUGUGCGCAUCUCCUUCUUCAGGGUUGUAAUGUAAUUUUUCAUGUAGUACAUUUUAAGCCUUCGCCGGUUAUGCCAAAAUCUGUUGUUUUGGGGAAAAUACAGUACAGAAAAGCUUGAACACAUGAAUGUGUUUUGGUCUGAGUGCGUAGGUGGGAGCCUUCCCAGAAGAACCAUGUUGAGCUGCGGAGGACAAAUGUGUUAGUCUUAUUUGAACAGCUGUAGAAACAUGCACGCGUGUGGGUGUGAGUGGUGUUCGCCUGCAGUUCAGCAGUCCAAUAGUUCAGACUAGGUGAGUUCAGAUCAUUGUGUGUUAAAUCAUCUUUAUUCUUUAACAUAACACUGACCCAAGUGGAGACAAAACAAGGAGGUUGUAUCUGCAUCUGCACUGAUUCAAUUUUUGUGUUUUCUGAAAAUAUGGCUUGCUGUUGGAAAUCAUUUCAAAAUUUGUUUUUCUUUGUGUGUGUGAAGUCUUUUUGUCUGGAUGAAAGCAGAUGUAGGACUGUGACCCAAGAGAACUCUGACCCGACAGUUUUGAGAGCUGCUUUCCUACUUUUGCUACUAUUGAAGAGUGUUUGUGCCUGGGUCUGACUGCCCGACUGCAUUCAAAAAAAUGUUUUAUUUUAUACCUAGAAAGAUUGAGGGAGCUUCUUAUGAAGUUGUCUCUGUGUUAUGAUGAGGUAACGCAACAUGUUGGGUUUUCCAUGGGUGCGUGUGGUUUUGUGCUUGUAUGCGAUCUAACUACUGCGUAUAACUGUGAUUGUGAUGUUAUUCUGACUGUGCAAAGUAAUGCGUUUGGGAAAUGUAAAUGCACCCAUUUCAUUCAUGUGUCUUUGAGUUGCUUUGCAAGAAAUAUUGAUAUUCAUCUCAAUAAAUACAGCUACUUCAA